CUUUUUUUGACAGCCCAAAUAUUCGAUAGCAAAAAUGACGUGGAGAGAUAGGUUAUAAGUUUGUUGUCGAUAAAUUAACUAAUUUAAUAGUUAAUUAGGAACCUACUUCAAUAAUUAACGUAAUAACAAUUAAGUAUUAAUCACGAUGAUUGAGAUAAGCGAUGUACAAAAGAUCGGUGUGGGGCUGGCGGGGUUUGGCAUGGCCUUCCUGUUCCUAGGAGUUCUACUGCUCUUUGAUAAGGGCCUACUGGCUAUAGGAAAUAUCCUAUUCAUCAGUGGUCUGGCCUGUGUGAUCGGGCUCCAGCGGACAUUCUUCUUUUUCUUCCAACGGCACAAGAUCAAGGCCUCUGUGGCAUUCUUCGGAGGCAUCACUAUAGUGCUGCUGGGCUGGCCUAUGGUGGGCAUGAUCGCUGAGAUCUAUGGGUUCCUACUACUGUUCAGAGGUUUCCUGCCAGCUGCCAUCAACUUCCUCCGCAUGGUGCCCGGGUUUGGUCUGCUGCUCAACCUGCCUAUCAUAAGUGGGGUCGUCAACCGGAUAGCGGGCGACAACGGGCGAAACAUGGUAUGAUAGUGUGUUACCAAAGACUGCUAGUGUCGGACUGUACAUAUGGGUGUGCGGAUAUAUAUGACAAUGUGACAAUCUUAUAGAAAACGCCAAUCGGCAAAAUAGGCAGGCCCACGAGCCGCCUCGCGAGGAAAUUGCCGCGCGAAGCAGCUCAGUCGGCGGAGACGUGCCUCGCCCGAGCCAUUUUGGUCGCGAGUGCGAUUACUUAGCCCGAGGCACUACACAGACCGAGCUCUUACGCGGCAAUUUCCUCACGAGGCGGCUCGUUCUGUGUGGAUCCGGCUAAUAAUGCUCAAGUGACUUUUCACCUGCAUCUGUCAUCCAGAUUUUUUUUCCGACUGGCGGUUUUCUAUAAAGGAUUCUCAUCUUGGCAACGGCUUCUGAUCAUUCAAGACCGAGACCGUGACCGGGGGCUGGUUACAUUUUGGUGCCCGUGACCAGGAUACUUAAAGAAACGUUCUUAAAUUUAUUAUUGUACCAUUUUCCUUUUAAUUUUGUUACAUUAUUCGGUUUCGGUUAUGGAUGUGUCAGUGGGAUUUGAUUCUAAAUAUAAAAUUAUAAUGCAAAUUUAUAUGUGGUGUUAAAAUACUAUAAAAUAGGUGUUAGGUAUGUAUGAAAUCAAUUCCUUGUGAAAUAGUCGAUAAUGAAUCGCGAUAUUAUUGUGUACUACUCGCUUUGAUAGUAUCGUUUUUACGUCUGAUCUGUGAAUAAAACAUCAUUCACGUUUUAGAAAUAAUGUAUUCAGUAAAAGUGGCAAAAGCGUUAUCCACUGCGAUAAAAAUAUUAAAAAGAUCGCAUUCCGCCGCUUGAAGGUAUAAAAGUACUGUUAUCGUGUGAAAUACAAAUUAACCGAUUAUUUUUAUGGCCCGGUUCUGAUACUACUGUGUGGUAUAGAACAGAUGCUUAAUAUCCAGUCACUUUACGAGUACGACGUACAGCUUGGGGCUUGUGCACAAAUCACGCGAGGUUCGAUGGGGGGAGGGGGGUCACGAUAGAUCACGUUGGGGGAGGGGGGUAUAAGGAUACCUCACGUGUAUUUUUCUACAGUAAACGAAACUAGAAAAAAAAACCAACCACAUGAGUAAAUACCUUUUCUCGGUUUCGUUAAACAUAAAUCUUCACGUCAAAAAAUAGCCGAAAAUACCUCGCGUGAUUUGUGCACAACCCCUUGGCAAAAAAGAGUAGAAAUUAAUAAGUGGCAACACUGUAGUGUCGUCCCUUUCAAACCUAUAUGUAUAAGAAAACGGGACGACACUACAGUGUUGCCACUUUUUAAUUUUUACUCAUUUUUGCCAAGCUGUACUAGUUUUGGUAGUUAUUACAAUAUCGUCAGUAAUGUCAACUAUCUUAUUUAAAAUAUUGGUAUGAUAAUAUUAUAAAUUAUUUCCAUAUAUUUAGUCCUAAUAUGUAUAUAACAUGUUGUAACAAUCAUUCAGAUAUGAAUUCGUUAGAAUUGAGAAAAUAUGUUAUUUUUAACCAAUAUUUUCAUAUUCUGGCGCAAAUCUUGAAUUUAUGCUGUAGAUUUGAAUAUUCGCAAAGGUAUAAUCUCUUAAUUGGAAGAACCCAUAGUUUUUGGUUCGCUAGAGAAGCUAGCUUUGCUAUAUAUUUGUGUAUAUAUUUAUACAUUACCGGGUUUUGAAAGUACCUACCGAAUCCAACGAAUAAUCUUCAAUCGUUCGAUUAUGUUUAUUUUGGGUGCAAACACAGUUAAAACCUGAUACAAGUUAUACAUAUUACACUCAGUAUAUCAAAUUUCAUUGGGAUUUUUUCUUUUUAAAAUGUAGAAAAUGGUUAUGGUUUGUUUGUAUGUUUAAAAGAAUAACGGUUAGUGUUCUUUUUUUUUCAUCUAAAUUAAGAGUAAAGUUUAUUUUUGUUAUACAGGGUGUUUGGUACAUCGUUUGCCAAAUUAAAACGGCAGAUAGGUUGAGUCACGUGCUAUCUUCUCAGGCCUAGAUAUUUUUAAUUUAGUGCAAAAAAAAAUUUUCACUUCUAAGUUUACGUUUUUUUUAGUUUUACGUAAAGUUCUAAUGUUUACUUUCGUAGUAGUAAAAAACAUGGCCAAUUUGGUUUUUCUACGCAUGAGAAGAUAGCAAAUGACUCAAGCUAUCUGCCGUUUUAAUUUGGCAAACGAUGUACCAAACACCCUGUAUACAUAAUUUAAGUUAAGAACGUGGCAUUACUAAAUCAUAGUAAUAUAUUAUUUUUUUCCAUUAGAAACUUAAAGUAAUAAUAAAAAUUCAACGUGAUUAUAAAAUAAAAACUAAAUUUUUAAAACGCCCUAUUACUUAUCUUCUUUAUAAAAUGUAUGAUUGACUUUUUACUAGAUAUUUUUAUAAAUGUAAAUAUACUUUUAAAAUCCUCUUUGGCCAUGGAAUAGGUAUUGUGAAUAUUAUUUUAGUCAUAAUUCUAGGUAACCUUUUAAAUAAUAUAAUUGUCCUACAAAA